UAAAAAUACUAACUGUGAAAGAAACCCUCUCUUGUGCACAAGACAAUAGCACAACCCUCUGCCUUAACAACGACCAGCGACAAUCCAACAAUCGACGACAACUAGGGAGAAUGGCGACAGCCCAGGUGACGGCGGCGACGACGGACCCUUCCCUGCGUACGGGCAAACCCUAAUCUGCUUAUGGUCCAACCCAUCUCUGGCCUAAAGCUCCGGUGUCUUCGCACCUAAUUCUCAAUCCGAUCGUUCGAUCGCUACCCUCCAGCCAUCUCCGGCGUAAAUCUCUUCUCGCUGCCCUGUACCUGCUUCUCUAUCUUCGUCAUAGUGAUAGCCACAAGACUUUGGUUUCCAUAGAUGCCACCAGAAGAUGGCAGCAAAACCUUUACUGUGGAUGAGGCCCUUGUGUCUAUGGGAUUCGGAAACUUCCAUGUUCUUGUGCUCUGUUACGCAGGCAUGGCUUGGAUUUCUGAGGCAAUGGAGAUGAUGUUGCUUUCUUUUGUUGGGCCAGCUCUUCGAUUAGCAUGGGGCAUCUCAUCUCAUCAACAUAGCCUUAUAACUAGUGUUGUUUUUGCUGGCAUGCUCGUCGGAGCUUAUUCAUGGAGCAUUGUUUCGGAUAAACAUGGAAGAAGGAAAGGAUUCCUUAUGACAGCUAUGCUUACUGCUGGGGCUGGAUUUAUGAGUGCACUUGCUCCCAAUUAUAUAAUGUUGCUUAUUUGUCGUUGUUUGGUUGGUGUUGGGUUGGGAGGUGGUCCUGUACUCUCAUCUUGGUUUCUGGAGUUCAUUCCUGCUCCUAACAGAGUUUGUCAUGCCAACACUGGGCUGGGGAUGGCUUCUUGCCCUGUCUUCGAUACCUUCAUCCCUUCUCCUUCUAUUCUAUUGGGUUGCACCUGAGGCACCAGAUUUUUAUGCUCGAAAGGAAGAACAGCUGAAGCACUCAAUGUUUUAGAAAAAAUAGCAAGAAUGAACAAAACCAAGCUCCCUCCUGGUAUUCUUGUUUCAGAUCACCAAAUUGAGCUACAAGAAAAGAAUACCCCAUCAGAAGAAGAAGAUUCACAUUUACUGCCGCUCGCAGGUGAUGAAACCACAACUUCUAAGAAAGCAGAUUCUAAGACAGGGGCAUUUUCAUCACUAUUAAUUC